AUGGCUUACACAGCUUCCUCUCAGUUCCCCGAGUUGGCUCGGACCGAGAGCUAUUCCAAAGAUUCAUCCUCACCUGAGCCCUCCGGCUCCCAAUCGCAACCCCGCGAUGGCCGUGGUCCUCAUCGCCGUGGUUAUCAAGCCUGUCAACGCUGUCGAGAGCGCAAGGUUAAAUGCGAUCUAGGAAGUGUCGAUGCUCCUACCGAACCACCAUGUCGCCGAUGUAUGCGUGAAAGACUACCCUGCGAAUUUGCACCAACUCGAAAGAAGCAAAAACGAUCUGAUGGUACAGCUCGCCAUGUACAGACCUCCGCUUCCGAAUCCUUAUCGCGCAAUGGCAAUACCAUGUCACCAACCAUACCGGCGACUCUAUCACCUCGAGUUACAUCCAACGGUAACGGUUUCCCCCGUCAGACCUGGUCGCCCCAUUCAUCCAAGCCAUCAGUCACUUCACAGCCACCUGAUUCUUACCUUCGCGCAAAACCCGGUGACGCGCUCAAGUCCUCCGAGUUUCAACUGCACAAUCCCGUGGCAGCCGUGGCAUUGAAUGGACCCAUGUCGAGCACCCAAGACAAUAUCAUGCUUCUUGUUGAUGCCGCCCAAGCCUUUUCAGAAAAUGCAACUCCAGACUACAAAGAGAGCCCUCUCUCGGACCGGGUUGGAAGAAAAAGGACUCUGUCUUCACUGGGUCAUGGAGGUCCGGAUAUGCCUAGUGAUGUUGGCAAAUCUCCAGAAGAACAAGCCGAGAAACAAGCGGGGUUCGAUGCCUGGUCCAAGAUGCGCUUCGUCCGCAAUGGCUGGUUUACUGCAUGGGAAGCGAUGCAAUAUGUCGAAUACUUCUACGAGAGACUUUCACCGAUGACGCCAGUGGUAUUCCCCGACUACAGAUCCCCCAUGAAGCAUUACUCACUCCUCCUCAAUGAGCCCAUACUGGCUCUUGCCAUCCUCGCCAUCUCUUCCCGCCAUAUGCGACUUUCUGGACACGCAGGACUGUCUCGAUCAUAUCUCAUCCACGAUAAGUUGUGGAACAACCUUCGCCGACAAAUAGAACGACUUCUGUGGGCCCAAGAACAAUUUGGCGGCGGGUUUUGUGGUGGCGGGACGGGAACUGGGCUGCGCGAGUCUGCUUCUGGUCAACUGACGUGGGAAGGAAGUCUCCGCACUCUAGGGACAAUUGAAGCACUGUUGGUUCUGACCGACUGGCAACCACGUGCUCUACAUUUCCCCCCAAGCGACGACGGUAAUGGACUUCUCGAUCGUAGUCUCGUUCCUUCUAUUGAGGAAGAGAAGUCGUACUCUCGAGUUGGAGAUGCCAAACCUGGUCGGGACUACGACAUCGCCCCUUAUGCCAAUUGGCUAGAGCCAGCAUGGAGAUCUGAUCGCAUGUCUUGGAUGUUGCUUGGGUUGGCUCAAAACCUUGCUUUUGAAUUGGGAGUAUUUGAUACCAAUCACUACAACUGUCGGCAUCAACAUGGUCCUGACUCUGAAUGUGCAAGGAAACGACGCAUUAGGCAUCUGGUCCUCAUCUAUGUGGCCCAGACCAGUGGUCGAAUGGGCAUUCAGUCCUCACUCAAUGUGGAAGAUUGGGAAAGUGACAGUAUCUGGGAUCAGACGAGCAGGACACAACGCUAUGGAAAUCCAGAAGACCCGGUCGAUAUCAUGCAAGGCUGCUGGAUCCAUGUGGCAAGACUGAUGAAUCGAGCCAAUCGCGAGGUCUUCUCCUCUCACCAAUUCACCAGAGAGCUGACAGCAAGUGGACGGUACAAAGACUCGAUCAAUCAAUUCCAACCACUAUUGCAGAAUUGGCUUAACGUCUUCAGGAAGGCGAAAGAACAUAUCCAUCCUCUGAUGCAGCACAUCCUGAUGAUGGAAUAUCAAUAUGGGAGGCUCUACCUGAACUCACUCGGUCUUCAAAAGGUCGUCGAAACUUGGGUAGAGGGAGGCUCUAAUAUGAAGAAGUCGAGUCUUGCCAAGGUUGCCGAAGAGAACAAAGUGUAUAUUGACGAGGUCACUGAUGCGGCUUUGACAAUACUUCGUGAAAUAACGGAUGGGAUCGCGCCAAAAGGCUUUCUCAGAGAUGCGCCAACCCGAACAUUUCUACGAAGUUUGUCCGCUAUCAUGUUCGUUCUGAAGCGUUUUAGUUUGGGAACUCAUGAAACCAUGGUUCGAGACUGUCUCCACCAGCUCGAGAAGAUCACCACUGAGAUGUCCAAACAAGUGGUAGAUGAUGUUCAUCUCAGCGCGUCGACUGCACGAAUUGUGACCAGUAUUGUCAAAAACGUGAAGCAGACACUGAUUCGCGUUCAACUUCCAGGGACCGGCUCAGCUGGGCCAAGUCGUGAGGUGUCACGACCACAAUCACCCAACGGAGAACAGACGUCAACUGCCGCGCAAGCUGCAGCGAACACUCAUGCAACGACGUUGGCUCAACAGCUUAGCCCUGGCUACUACAUGAAUGAUCCUCUGGCCGGUAUUCAAGCGAAACCGAUGGCAGAACUCGAAUCGCAGAUGUUUGUCCCUCCACCAAAUAUGCUUGUCGGGGAUGAUAUUCUCGAUCAUGCACUGCCAGCUGAUUCGAACAUUGAUCCUGCGAUUGCCGACUUCUCGGAUUGGUUCGCACUGCCUCUCGACAACCUCUGGCAUAAUUCUGAUGCGACCGUUGAUCAUGGUUUUGGAGGUAUCGGUCCGACUGUGGGCAACCAGGAUAUGCUUGAAGUUAUCACGAACCAGGAUUACAGCUUGAUGCAGUGGAAAGCUGAUCAGCUUGGGGGCUACGGUGGAUUGUAA